CUGCCUGCCGUUGAAGAAGCAGCAGCAUUUUGCAACGACGUUAUUUAGCUAGAAAAUCACAAAUACGACACAAGAACAUGGCUGGACGUGAAGCCGUCAAACGUGCAGUACAACAGGUGCGUCCCAUAUUGUCCGUGGACAGGGAAGAGGCGCGCAAACGUGCGCUAAACCUGUACAAGGCCUGGUAUCGUCAAAUUCCCUAUAUUGUUAUGGAUUACGAUAUACCCAUGAGCGUAGCCCAGUGCCGGGCUAAAUUACGCGAAGAGUUCCUCAAGAAUCGUCAAGUGACCGACAUCCGCGUCAUAGACAUGCUGGUCAUCAAGGGGCAAAUGGAGCUGAAAGAGUCCGUUGAGAUCUGGAAGCAAAAGGGUCACAUAAUGCGCUAUUGGAAGGAAUCACAGGAGCCCAAACCCACAGAUUUCCUCUCAAAAUUCGUUCAGGGCAUUAAUUAGCUUUAAACAGAUUUUCGAGCACUUUGCAAAUGCUUAACAAAUUUGAAUAGUUUAAAUACAGAAAACAAAAUGUUUGGCACGAA